ACGCGCUUCACAGAAUUCCAAUCUAACCAAGUAAGGGAUUCCUAGUAUUUGCGCUAAUGUGGAACUGAGGCUGUUUAUGAUUUGAUCGUGGCCUACCUGAAAAACUUAGCACUCUUCGCCUUCACGCAGCACGAUGACGAAGAUGCUAUGUCACUUUGCAGCGAUCCUGAGCCUUACUCUGUUUCUGCAACAAUUAGAGUCUGCGUCUGCUGUUGCUUUGCGUCAGCCAAAAACCGAAGAAUUCAGUGUGAUCCUCAAAACUUGGGAUAAUUUUCAUGACGAUGACGUCGAGGAUGAUGGUUUCGAAAAUGAUGUUAAUCAUGAGUUACGGGUACAACCGGAAAAGACUGAAACCUCUUCCAGACGAGGCAUUUUCACAUCAGGAUUUGUUAAAGUGUUUGGGAAAGUUGGAAAAUACUAUAGUAAAGCGUCUCCGUGGAUAACCCCCACUGCUGCGACCUUGAGUCUCAUGAACUCGGUCUAUCGGGCAUUCCGUGGAUGUUGCGAUACUACGAGAGGAUGUGAAUACCGCGAUCAGUUCUUAGCGAAAAAAGAACACCUAGGAGUGCUUAGUAAACAAGCUGAUGCCUUGGAGCUGAGAGCAAGCAAUCUACAGGAUGAGGUUUUGGGCAAUGCCAGGAAAUACGAGGAAAUCUACAACAAGAUCAACGACAUCAACAAUGUACUGGAUGUGUACAUCUCAUCUCUUAAUCCGGACAUCAACGCCGAUCUUAAAACCGCAGACGGCAAAAUUCUGCAAGCAAUCAAGCAAAAGAACAGAACUGAGAAUGAGAUGGAUUACCUCCAAGUCCACGAUAUGUAUGAGUCCGCCCUGGAGACUGGGUUCAACGUCGGCUUUCCUCUGAUGGGCUUGCUGUUAAGCGGCGGCAAAGGCGUAUACAACUACGCCAAAAACAAAAAGGCUUUUGAAAGUGCAAACAAGCUCCAAAGAAAAAACGCAUUCAAAGUUAAAGCACCAAGGACGCCAACUAAUAUAAAGGCAGCAAUGGUGAGAUUUGGAUACGCGCAAGCACCAAAACAACUCCAACAGACGAAAUUUACACGAUUCAAAGAUUCCAUGAAUGUCAAGUUUGGCAAAGCUCUCAAGUUUACGGGAAAGCUUUGGAACGUCGGAAGCGAAGUAGCGAACAUAGCUGGGGCAGCAAUGAUGUUCUACCAGAUAAUCAAUACCGAAAUGGUCUGUCGAAAAAGGGCAGAAGAAGCGAAAAAAGCGUUGGAUGAAAUCACGAAGGCAGAGGUUUUGCUCAACGAGACUAUAAGCAAUAUCACAAAGGCCGAGACUGAGAUAACUGAAACGUUUAAUUCCGUGUACGGUCUCCUAUCUGCUGAAAACGUGACAAUAGUGCUGAGCAAAAUGAAAGAGAUGCUGGAGACCGACUCUUCGAACUCUCAGAUGACCGAGGUUGCCAUUGGUAUCCAAAGAUACAUCAACGAGAUCAAGCUGAAGCCCAAACCUGAAGUGUUGUAUGGGAUAGAGGAAAGGCUAAUCGAGAACCUUUUCAAAAUCCCAUUCACCCUCAGAUGCUACACCACAAAGGUGAAGAUCAUAAGGUACGUCCUUCAAGGUUGCUUGGCGGGUUCUGAAACAGUAGAGAACUUGUACAAAGAAGGCACGACAAGGGAAGACGGAAAUGGGAAUUGUGUCACAAAACUUGGCGCCAAUUACAUUGAUAUCCAGCUCCUGAAGCAAGAAGUCGAGGCGAAAAUGGUUGAAAAAAACAAGGAAAGACUCUGUUUGGCAAACAACGUGGCUAGAGGAAGUCGUGCAUGCCAAAUUAAAUUCAAGGGUGCCUCUGGAGUUGCUACAGACUUGGAUGUAUCGCAGGAAGUUGCCAAGGUCUAUCUCUCGAAGUGCCCCAAGGGAAAUAUCGGAAUGACAAAAAAAGACAAAGCUGAAGCAUGUGAAUUUAAGGCAGAGGAUGCCAGCCUUAAUGAAAUUGUGAGCAUCUUUGGUGGCAAGUACGACAAGGCCACAGUACAACAAGCUCUAAGGGAGUGCUAACGGUUGCCGUGUCACAAAACUGGAUGCAAAGAAGUCCCAUAAAGAUUAAAAUAAAUCUAUUGGCAUCAAA